AUGGCGAUGAGCUAUAAUUCGAAGGAUGAGGUGGACAGCGGGCCCCCGUGCGCUCCCCGGGGCGCCACGAAGAACCGGAGGCCGGAUAACACGGCCUUCAAACAGCAUCGCCUGCCAGCUUGGCAGCCCAUCCUUAUGGCUGGCAUGGUGCUCCCUACCUUCAUCAUCAUCGGCCUCAUCUUCAUCCCAACUGGCAAAGGCAUCUUCGUCACUUCUAAGAAAAUCCAUGAGAUCGAGACUGAUUACUUCGGAAUAGGCACUUCCAGUCCCUGCAAUAAAUGUUUGUCCUGGAAUGUGACCUGUAUUUGUACAAUUAACUUCACACUGGAACAGUUAUUUGAGGGCAAUGUGUUUAUAUAUUAUGGACUGUCUAAUUUCUAUCAAAACCACCGUCGUUAUGUGAAAUCUCGAGAUGAUAGUCAACUAAAUGGAGAUCCUACUGCUUUACUUAAUCCCAGUAAGGAAUGUGAGCCUUACCGAAAAAAUGAAGACAAACCAAUUGCUCCUUGUGGAGCUAUUGCCAACAGCAUGUUUAAUGAUACAUUAGAAUUGUUUCUGGCUGUCAAUGGAUCAUUUUCAACAGCAAUUCCUUUGAAAAAGAAAGGUAUUGCUUGGUGGACAGAUAAAAAUGUGAAAUUUAGAAAUCCCCCUGGAGAAGGCCCCCUAGAAGAACGAUUCAAAGAUACAACAAAGCCAGUAAACUGGGUUAACCCAAUAUACUUGCUGGAUUCUGACCAAGAUAAUAAUGGGUUCAUAAAUGAAGAUUUUAUUGUUUGGAUGCGUACUGCAGCAUUGCCUACUUUUCAUAAGUUAUAUCGUAUUAUAGAGCGGAAAAGUGAUUUACAUCCAAUGUUACUAGCUGGAGACUACUUUUUGAAUAUCAAAUACAAUUACUCUGUACAUUCUUUUGAUGGACGAAAAUGGAUGAUCUUAAGCACUAUUUCAUGGAUGGGAGGAAAAAAUCCAUUUUUGGGAAUUGCUUAUAUCACCACUAGAUCCAACUCCUUCCUUCUGGGAGUUGUAUUGCUAGUAAUUAAUCAUAAGUAUAGAAACAGUAGUAAUACUGCUGACAUUACCAUUUAAUUUUAUAUUCUGAAAACAAACUUACCGCAUGUACAUCAAGGCCAGUUCUGUUCAGCCUAGCUUUUGAAUGCCUAUGUCUGGUUAGUAUGUCAUUUUUGAGGUUGG